AUGUACGCCCGUCAGCUUGUUGUACUCGCCUUGGCCUUGGCCACUUCGACAAUGGCCAACCCAGUUCCUCGGGUAGACAACGCUGAAGACCUUGAAGACACUGAAGUUCGCGAUGUCUUCCAGAAAUCAACCGCUGCUAAGACACCAGGGUGUACAACGGUCAUCCCUAUUCUACCAGCUUGGACCUGGGGUCCCACGAGGACCAUUUGGACCACGACUACUACUGCCACGGCACACGUGGAUUGCGGCCUUUGCACUGCCAUCGCAAGGACGUACUUGAAUCUUGGUGUCCCUCCCGUCGUCAUCUUCAAUGACACCACCACAGUCGCGGUGCCGAGCACAACGACCGUCCUCAGGUGUGCAACUACAACAAGUAUCGCUACGGCAACUCCGGCAUCUGCAGUUUCCAAGUUGCCGGUAUCUACUCCCACUCCAAAGGCUGUUUAA